AUGGCUCUGUUGGCAGUCUUGGCCAAUCUCUGCAUGAGUCUGUUGCCUGUGAUGGCCAACGCACCUACGGAUAUCCGGAUGGACGAGAAAGCCCGAACAAUUCACCGGAUCGACUCAAUAAACAUUCUGGUUUACACGGUGCUUCUAAUUCUCACAGUGUGUCUCAUCUGGGCCUUCAAGCGUCGUAGGGCGAGGUUUCUCCACGAAACCGGCCUGGCAGUUAUUUUCGGUCUGAUGGUUGGCGCGUCGAUUCGGUACGCCAGCGAGGAAACAGAAACGAGCCAUCUCCGUGUAGUCCCAUUGAAUAACCAGACUCUACCCGAUCCUGGGUCCCCGCCGGACAACGUGUUCGUCCAGCUAGAAAUCCAGAAGACGCCUGACGGCAGCCGGGAAAAUCGUUCGUACGCGUAUACAUUUCGAGGUGAACUCACGGAUGUGGAGAGCAAGAAGUUAGAUCAGAAGGCUACGUUUGAUCCCGAGAUAUUCUUCAACAUCAUCCUUCCCCCGAUCAUCUUCAAUGCAGGUUACAGUUUAAAGCGGAAAUUUUUCUUCCGGAACCUCGGAACAAUAAUGACGUACGCCUUCUUUGGCACGACCAUAUCGUGCUUCGUGACCGGUAGCGUGCUUUACAUCUUUGUGCUGGCGCUUCCUCACUUGCAAUUCACAUUCAAUAAUUGCCUUUACUUUGGUGCGAUUAUAUCGGCCACGGAUCCUGUGACGGUUCUCGCCAUUUUCCACGACCUUCAAGUCGAUGUGAAUUUGUAUGCCCUGGUGUUCGGAGAAAGUAUUCUCAACGACGCGGUUGCCAUUGGACUCGUCUCAGCAAUCACAAGUUACGAAGACGUCAGUAACAAGGCUACUGAGUUCGAGCUGGCCGCCGCGUUGAAAGCAUUCAGCAACUUCUUCUACAUAUUCGCUUGUUCUUUCCUCAUCGGAAGCAGCACGGGAUGUGUAACGGCGCUGAUUACCAAAUUCACCAAGCUCUGCGAUUUCCCACUCCUGGAGAGCUGUUUGUUUCUGUUGAUGUCAUACUCAUCGUUUCUAGUCGCCGAAGCUCUCGAACUGACUGGGAUUGUCGCCGUACUGUUUUGCGGAAUCUGCCAAGCCCACUACACUUAUAAUAAUCUCUCCGUGGAGAGCCGGCAAAGAACAAAACAGCUCUUCGAGCUGAUGAACUUUGUUGCGGAGAAUUUCAUCUUCUCCUAUAUUGGAGUCAGCAUGUUCACGUAUAAGAAACAUCAUUGGGACUUAUUUUUCAUCGUGGCUGCCUUCAUUUCGAUCGCCGCCGGACGUGCCAUGCUCGUCUACCCACUGACCUUUCUCCUCAAUCUCGGCCGCACCAACAAGAUACCAAUGGCUUUUCAACAUGUCAUAUUCUUCUCCGGACUCCGAGGAGCUAUGGCAUUCGCGCUAGCCAUCAGGAACACUCUCGGUCUCCAGCGCCAUGUGAUGCUAACUACAACAUCUUUCACGGUGAUCGUUUCUGUGAUUGUCUGCGGAGGAUCGAUAUCCACACUCCUGCGGUGGCUCAACAUUCCAGUCGGUUCCGAGGACCACGAUCAAGAGUUACUGAAUAUAACGCAGCAGCAGCGAGCCCAAUCGGAACUCCGCAGUCCUACGGGAGAACCGUUGAAGACUCCUUACGAAAAAGCCUGGCUAGUCCGGAAGUGGUAUAACUUUGAUGUCAGGUUCAUGAAGCCCUUCUUGACCCACAGUCGACCAACUUUGAUUGAGACCCUGCCUUCCUGUUGCAUGCCCCUGGCUCAUCUGUUGACUUCUACCGAGCAGCUCACACAGGAUGACAAUUGUCGCCACACUCGCGAAGACGACUCAGAUACGGACCUCUGCCUCGACGAAAGUGACUUCAAUUUUGAGCGAACGAAUAGUCUCACUCAAGCUUCCCAAGCGCUCGUGAACCACGUUUAUUAUAUCGAGAAAUAGUUAGCGCUCUAUGCGAACAGUGAUAUCGCGUUUUGUGAUGCGACUCAUUUCCGGUAGCUUCAGAAACGAAAGUACUCGUGUUCCACUCUAAAGUUUGGAGGCGUCAUUCACGAUCUAUAACCGAUGGUCAUCAUUGAAGGAGACGAGGUCGGAGUGCGUGGAUGAUUUCGCUCGUGAUCAGACUUCCCAAAAUGGUCCCAUUCUAACAUGUCUCCCAAUGAUUCUGCAUCACUAUCGAAUCUCGAGCCUCGAUCCCGAGAAGCGUAACUUGGACCCGUUCGGGGACGAUGCGCAUCAGGGAGGCUUCCUUCCCUGAACUUUCGAGCUUUAAACGGCACUUGGAGAUUUUGCGCGACUCAAUCGGUGGAUUCCUAGAUGAAGUCGAUGAACUCUCCCUGCCUGAAAAGAGUAUUCUGUACAUUCAAUGCAUUCUAGCAACGCUGUACAAGUCAUUUCCAACAAAUGAGCUACUCGCUCAGCAACCAAACAAGUCAUUUUCGAGCUGCGGGCUCUGACGUUCCCUCGAUUGUCGCAAUCACGAACUCGCGUCCGAGAUGAGCUCGACUUUCAGUGAUGAACUGGCAGCAGAAGAACUCGAGACAGACUGUCUAGUCGGACCAGACUCACUCGAGGUUACUUCCCCCGGGGGCUCCGAUUUCUCCCAAUGAAGAGGAGUUUCUAACUUAAGGAUGUUGAUAAUUUAUUGUGGUUGGGGAGGGACGAUGAAUUCUUGUAAAUGCGAAAGCUACGAUAAUCCAGCAGAUCGGGAGUAGCCUAGGGAUGUUGGAAGCGUUCUAUCGCUGUUCUUGUAAAUAGGUCCGAAGACCGGCUUGUGUGUGUCCGUGUGGUUUCCUUCGAUUUUGAUGUUGUCAGAAAUAAAAGCUGAACCCUU